UAUAUUUGUUUCUAUUCUGAUCGCAGACCGCACGCUGCAAUCUCAACAGUACUCUGCAGCUGGCUGCGCCGUAGAUCGAAUUAUAGUUAAAUUGAAAUUUCUUCUGUAAAAUACUUCGUUGUAGGCAAGGCAGUGUGUUUCAUUCUUUAAUAGAAUCCCCAUGUUUGCUCUACAGAGCCGUUUCACCCGCUUUUACCCGUCUUGUUUGAGAUUAGCGAAGAUGAGUCAAGUUGGCGAAAUGGGAAGCGGUGCGGGUAAAGGCGGUGGCGGUGGCGGAACUAUUCGAGAAGCUGGUGGAUCUUUUGGUAAAAUGGAAGCGGCACAUGAAGAGGAAUACUUCUACAAGCAGCAACGGGAACAGUUGGCCAAACUGAAAUCCAACACCGAGGGGACUAAAUCGAGCGGGGAGCAAAAGUAGCAUGCUGUUUAGUGCAUUUCUUCUGUUUAUAUUCCCCACCAUGCUUACCUUUAUUAACCUUACCGAAGCUAGCAACUCCUGUUUGAUGUAACAUGUGGCCAUAAACCGACGCCUCAUCCAUCGUCACUGAAGUAUCGAUCAUCUGAUGAUGGAGCGGCUGGAAGUUGUAAUGCUCGAAUAUGUUCCGCCAGUCACUGUAUCGUCCAGGAUCUUCCUCAGCAAAUGCAUACUUAUCGAAAUAUAUAUCGUCCUGUAUAGCGCUGAA